CGGCAGCCCUACACAACUUGGGGCCCCUCUCCUCUCCAGCCCUUCUCCUGUGUGCCUGCCUCCUGCCGCCGCCACCAUGACCACCACCAUCCGCCAGUUCACCUCCUCCAGCUCCAUCAAGGGCUCCUCCGGCCUGGGGGGCGGCUCGUCCUGCGCCUCCUGCCGGCUGUCUGGUGGCCUGGGUGCUGGCUCCUGCAGGCUGGGAUCUGCUGGCGGCCUGGGCAGCGCCCUCAGGGGUAGCAGCUACUCCAGCUGCUACAGCUUUGGCUCUGGCGGUGGCUAUGGCAGCAGCUUUGGGGGCGUUGAUGGGCUGCUGGCCAGAGGUGAGAAGGCCGCCAUGCAGCACCUGAAUGACCGCCUGGCCUCCUACCUGGACAAGGUGCGCACUCUGGAGGAAGCCAACACUGAGCUGGAGGUGAAGAUCCGUGACUGGUACCAGAGGCAGGCCCUGGGGCCCGCCCAUGACUACAGCCAGUACUACAGGACAAUCGAGGAGCUGCAGAACAAGGUAGGACCUGCUGAUGUGGACAGCCAGGACCUGGAGCUGCAGGUCCGAGCAGCCUGGGCUGAAGUCCCUGAUUCCCACGGCAGGUUUGAGACAGAGCAGGCCCUGCGCCUGAGUGUGGAGGCGGACAUUAAUGGCCUGUGCAGGGUGCUGGAUGAGCUGACCCUGGCCAGAGCCGACCUGGAGAUGCACAUUGAGAACCUCAAGGAGGAGCUGGCCUACCUGAAGAAGAACCAUGAGGAGGAGAUGAACGCCCUGCGAGGCCAGGUGGGCGGUGAGAUCAAUGUGGAGAUGGACGCUGCCCCAGGCGUGGACCUGAGCCGCAUCCUGAACGAGAUGCGUGAGCAGUAUGAGAAGAUGGCAGAGAAGAACCGCAAGGACGCUGAGGAUUGGUUCUUCAGCAAGACAGAGGAGCUGAACCGCGAGGUGGCUACCAACAGCGAGCUGGUGCAGAGCGGCAAGAGCGAGAUUUUGGAGCUCCAGCACACCAUGCAGGCCUUGGAGAUCAAGCUGCAGUCCCAGCUCAGCGUGAAAGCAUCCCUGGAGGGCAACCUGGCGGAGACAGAGAACCGCUACUGCAUGCAGCUGUCCCAGAUCCAGGGGCUGAUCGGCAGCGUGAAGGAGUGGCUGGCCCAGCUUCGCUGCGAGAUGGAGCAGCAGAACCAGGAGUACAAGAUCCUCCUGGACGUGAAGACGCGGCUGGAGCUGGAGAUCACCACCUACCACCGCCUGCUGGAGGGCGAGGAUGCCCACCUGACUCAGUACAAGAAAGAACAUAAGCAUCUUCCGGUGACCACCCCUCAGGUGCGUACCAUUGUGGAAGAGGUCCAGGAUGGCAAGGUCAUCUCCUCCCACGAGCAGGUCCACCAGACCACCCGCUGA